GUUAGUUCUGCCAGGAAGACUCAGAUCACCUGUGCAUUUCGCAGAGCCAAUCAGCGGCUGCCAUCUCCUUUAUAGCGACAUGUCUAACUCUCCCUUCUUGCUGGCUUUAGGCAUGGCCGGUCCGAAAUCUGCGCGCGCCAAAACGUUGUUUAUUGCAGUUAAAUGUUUCCUUUAUCGUCGUUUCAGGAGCAUCAAUGGUGGGUUCCAGUCGUCGCCUACGGUGGGUCAUGCGUCUCCUCUUCUCCUUGUUCUCUCUUUUGGGGGCAUGGCCGGUCCGAAAUCUCCUCCUCCAUCCCCACCGCCACCAGUUGGGUCCAGUCUUCCUGUCCGGGGGGUUAAAGGUCCAGUUCCUGCUGCACGGCUACGGCAGGCUCUACUGGAUCCGCCAGCGCAAGACCCGGGCUGAUGAUUGGACCUCCGCCAAAUACUGUCUACUUAUGCCAAUUCCAUUGUCAACUACGUUAACAUUCAAUCGCUAAAUACGAAUUCCUCUCUCUGUCUACUUAUGCCAAUUCCAUUGUCAACUACGUUAACAUUAAAUCGUUAAAUACGAAUUCCUC